UUUCAGUGCUUGAACAGCAUUCGGGAGAUCGGCGAUAGAGGUACGAUAUAGGUGCUGCACAUAGCCCUACAGCACUGGAUCUACAGAUUCGCACGGUCGGUGAAGCGCUCUUGUUUGUUGACGUUUGGAGCUCAUCCGUGUGUCUGGGAGAAGAUGAUUGAAGCUUCCGGAGAAAGGACUCUUACUGGUCAUCCAUAUGACACCACUCAAUACUACAUAGGGCUAGGGCUUGCUGUUAGCUCCAGUGCUUUUAUCGGUUCGAGUUUUAUUAUAAAAAAGAAAGCACUGUUGAGAUUGUCACGUUCUGGUUCAGUGCGGGCUGGCGCUGGAGGAUUUGGCUAUCUGAAAGAAUGGCUCUGGUGGGCCGGCUUUUUGUCUAUGGGGGUGGGUGAGGCAGCUAAUUUUGCUGCGUAUGCAUUUGCACCUGCCUCACUGGUAACGCCACUUGGUGCACUUAGUGUACUGGUUGCAGCAGUCCUGGCAUCAUAUUUUCUUGGUGAAAAACUGAAUCUUCUUGGCAAGAUGGGAUGCUUUCUCUGCAUCUUGGGCUCAACUGUUGUUGUCAUCCAUUCUCCAAAAGAAGAAGAAAUAGAAAAUUUGGACGUCUUGAAGCAGAAACUAUUAGAUCCAGGUUUUGUGUUCUAUGUUUUCCUAGUGUUGUCUCUAACACUGGCAAUUAUAUCAUACUUUGGCCCACGAUAUGGACAACGAAAUGUUGUGGUUUACAUUACGUUAUGUUCUGCAAUUGGUUCCCUCAGUGUUAUGAGCUGUAAGGGCCUAGGACUUGCUAUCAGGGACACCGUUACAGGGAAAUCAAAUGAGGUAUCCAACUGGCUUACAUGGUUUCUGCUGAUGGCUGUUAUUAUCUGUAUUUCAAUACAGAUGAAUUACCUAAACAGAGCACUUGAUCUGUUUAACACUGGUAUUGUGACUCCUAUUUAUUAUGUUCUUUUCACGACACUAGUAAUUGUGUCAUCAGCAGUGUUGUUUCGUGAGUGGCAGGAUGUGGGACCUGAAGAAAUUGUUGGAGGCAUGUGUGGCUUUCUUACUGUUGUAACAGCCAUAUUUCUACUCAAUGCAUUCCGUGAUAUUGACAUUUCGUAUUCAGAUGUGAGAAGUAUGUUGCGUCCAAGAAAGACAGGUAUUGUAUCUGUGGGAACUGAAGGAAACAGAGCAAAUGGAGUUUCUGCUUCAGCUGUUUACAGAGACACAAAGCGACUGUUAGGCAGUGAUGAUGAAUCUUCAUCAUAUGGCAGUCCUGGUCCAACGCCUCCUGUAUGACCUACGGCUACUCCUGCUACAUUUCGCAGGCUUCAGUCUUCAGGACUGUAUCCAUAGUGUUUUUAUUCCCAACAACUUUGAGGGAUAUGUACAAAGAUAUUUGUAUUAUUUUUUCUGUUGGAGAGACUGAAUCAGGAAAUUAUCUGUGAUUGUUGAUAGCUGUGAUAUGCGCAACAGUGACUGCCAGUUGUAAACAGUUUUAUGGCUCUGUGUUUGUCACUUAAACAUGGAUGUGUGUCUUUUGCAUGUAUAAAUGUAAUAUAUUGUUGUGUGGUACUUGUAAGACUUGAACUUAUUUAUUCAUACAAUUGAGUCAUAUUCAGUGUACAAAUAAUGAAGAUAGUUAUACUAUAAUUUGUUAGUAAUACCGUUUCAAUGUUUAAUGUUGAUAGUCUGAAUAUUUAAAUAAUUUUCAGAUUAACAUUCAUUUUUAGUUUCUGCUGUGCCACCCCACUGGUUACUGCAUUCAUUUAAAUAAGUUUUUAUACUCAAAUGAUUUUAUUUGUUGAACUGAGAGGAAUUUUCAUGUGUUUUAUGCUUUUCUUUGUUAAAAAAAUUCAGAAAGUGUCUAAAACUGCCGGCCAGAGUGGCCGAGUGGUUCUAGGUGCUUCAGCCAGGAACCGCGCGACCGCUACGGUUGCAGGUUCGAACCCUGCCUCGGGCAUGGAUGUGUGUGAUGUCCUUAGGUUAGUUAGGUUUAAGUAGGGGACUGAUGACCUCAGAAGUUAAGUCCCAUAGUAUUCAGAGCCAUUUUUUUUUUUUUGUCUAAAACUUGAGUUGUUAGAGUGUGCUCAUACCUCAGCCAGUGAUCGAGGGAUUGAGUAAAGUAAACCUCUAAAGCCAUACAACAAUGGAAAAUCCAUGAUUGAAUGUAAAUAUUACCCUUAUACUAAAUCAGUAAACCAGAUUUUUUUAAAAUGGAUAUUAUGAUAGUACCAAAACAUAUUGAAUUCUCAAUGCUAAAAGCUGAAAUUUCCAUCUGUAGAUGAAAUGAGGAUAGUGCUUAGUUGCACACAUAAAUACCAGGUAAUUUUCUUCCUGCAGGUUUGGAUCUUUUUAUUUGCAUCUUUGCACCAUCCGAAUUUCAGUUGUAGUGGCCUGUAUUUGUUAUAUGUUGUACCUCCAUUGUGACACUUAAUCUGAGUAUAGAAUUAAGAUCAGUGUAGAAUAACUGAAUAAAUGCUGUGUCUGCCCAUAAAUAUACAUUUUCAGAAGUAUGAAGAACAAAUUUUUUUAUCAUGUACAAUAAAAGCAGUGAGAGUGUGAUGUGGUGAUAACUUCAACUGGUUGCAUGACUUUUCGGGUGCUUGUAUUGUUAAUGUGAAGUUCCGAACAAUUAGCCCACAGCAGAUGAUGACAUUUUUAGUAUAAACAAUCUUAACUGUAAACUUUUAAUAUGUUAAGCAUAAUUGUGGAGUGUUGAUGCAACAAGUUAGAAAAUCUUUACUUUGUGGAUGGCUUAAUUAUGUUGGGAAGAAUACAGUCAACUUCCAGAAAUGGAUUAUAUAAUGAAAAUAUAUUGUCCUGGCACAGUGAUGAUCAGAAAUUGUAAUGUAGACUAUCGCUACACUUUCAGGUGACCAUUCAGUCAGAUUAACUAGUCUGGAGAAACAUGCUUCUUCCUUGUACACAUCAGUAUCCUUUUCAUCACUCCAAUCAGUUCCCUCUUUAAAAACAUGUAACUGUGUAGUUAAUGUGUGUGUCUUGAGAAAAAUGCUAAAGUAGUUCAUUUGUACGUAGCUUUAGAAAUGUUUACAGAAAUAACUAACAUAACUCUUUUUCGCUAAACAUGCAAGAUGAAACAAAAAUUCCUGGUACAAGAUGUCUGUAACAUUUCUGGGAUUGAAAUUCCUGUCAUCUGUGGGAAAGCAAACGAUUUUUUAAAUUAUUUUAUUUAUCUUUGCUCUCUGGUAGAACCACGUGUAAACUAUUCUCAGUGGCCUGAUUUUAUGUGAACUGUUGGCACACAAAGAAAUUCAGCAUUAUAUCAAGUCAUUUCAGAGUUGCUGCAGCCUAAAGUUCCCUGUAAAUGAUCACACAAUUUGCCAACUUUACUAGUUUCAUCAAAUAUUUGUCUAUGCCAACUUUGUUUGGCAUGUUUAUAGAACAUGUUUGUCAACACACAACAGGAAUUUCAAUCCCAGAAAGGUUUAGGAUACCUUGUACAGGUAAGAAUUUCUCCUUUACUAUUCAAACAUAUCUAUCAGAACCAGAAACAAUGGAACAGUUGAGUUUCAUUUAAUCCUCUAGGUUACACUUCCAUCACACAAUGUAGAAUGAUAGCAAGUAUUAUCAGUUGUGAUGGUGGUGCAAAGUCAGUGAUGGAGCCAAUACAGUCUUUCCCUGUAGGUGUGUUCAUAACUGGUACCCAAGGCAGAAAGGGAAAUAGUAGAUUCCUCUACAGUCACAGCACUUUAUUGAUAUGGUAUCAAAUUUGGUUAUUUUAUUGCAAGGUUCAGAUAUCUCUGGGAGGACCUAAUUAACACCUUGUUGCUAUAGUAACUUUCAAAAAGGUGCAUGUUUGUCCCAUGUUUGCAACUUCCAGAACUGGGAGAAAUUUUAUUUGACAAGAUGGUGGAGAUUAUGUUUGUUGUUUCGGGACGCAUGUUUAGUGAAGGAGUGUCAUUACCUUUUAUCUUAUUGUAUCAUGAAUUUUCACAAUUAUGGAAACAAGGAUAAGUGAUAGAAACGGUUACCAAAAGGGUAGAAGUACUAAGUCUUUUGCAGCCAUAUAUUGUGUACUGUGCAGGAAUAGGUUAAGAAAAAACACAAUGUUCAAUGCACAACAAAGAAGUGGGAGUACAGUAAAAUAAUAAAAAAUAAUAAUAAAAUAAAGGAAGCUCUCUGGAUUGCCUGUGGACAAUGUAUAUUUUCCCAUGUUGUGGUAUGUUAAUGAACUUUCAUUAGAGGACCAAGUAGAAGAUAAAUUUUCACAUAACUGUGUCUUCCUUUUCCAAGUGAGUGUGAAGUAAUUUUAACAGGUUAUUAAAAGUUUCACUACCAAUUUGGAGAAAGUUGGUGUAAUAAUCAGGUUCUAAGUGUAAUAUUUCCUUUAGAAGAUUUUCAUGAGUAUAUUUAUCUUAUAGUUUCAACCAUUUUCUGGACCAGCAUCUUGUUUUCUUUUUCUUCUUUAUACAGUGCGAAAGCCAAUGUAAGAGAUGCUUCACCUGUAUAAGUAGCUAUUCCGACAAAUGUCAAAACGCCCCACUACAUGAUACACAUAGCGUGAGAGCUGCUCCAAAAGUAGCUUAAGCCUUUGUCGGUAUGUCAGCGUGCUUGUUUGACAAACCUGUGUAUAGGAAACAACAAACUUGACAAACAAGUUUUAUCAUUAGCAGGGGCGUUAACAGAGAUACUCAGAUAUAAUUCUUCACCUUCCGCAAGUAUCAUAGUGUUCAAAACGCAAAAUGUGUGCCUCAGAUCUUCCCAAGGUAUUUGACCCUAUAUUAAUUGGUUUCUCUCCCCAAUAACCAGAACAUAUGGCAGUUUUGACAGAACCCAAGCAGCUACUUCCAGUUGGUGAGACCUUGAUGAAUUUACCUUUGGGCAUAUUUUGUGUAUAAUAAUUAGACACUGCCUAGUUCUCAGUCUGACACACAUUUUGCCACACUAAAGCUGCAUCUUUAAACUGGCGAUAUUCAGGUUCUGCUAUAAGAAUUCUGGCCUGAAUUGCUGGAGCUGGUGGUCAUGUGUGCGUGAGGUGUGCUUGCUUGUGUGUAUGAAUGGUGUGUUUUUCUCUUUUGCCGAUGAAGGCUGUGGCUGAAAGCUUUGUGUGUCUUUUAAUUGUACCUGUUUGCAACUUAAUGUGUCUUCUUUAUGGUAAGUAGCAAUCUAUCUUUUUCCUGCAUUGUUGAUGUUACUACCUGUAGUUUUCAUUGACUGAAAUAUUUUGCAACUUUGUGCAUAUGUCUGUAACAUACUGUCUGUUUACAACCCAGUCUUCAAUAAUAAUUCACCGAACUGAUUUAUCAUAUGUUUAUCAUGGUAAUUCCCUCAGAAAUCAUUAUAAAUUUCCAGAAUUUACUAACAGUAAUGUCUCUGAUUUUCUUUUUGACUUCCCCCCCAUACUCUCUUUUCUUAGUUUUUUAAAUUGUAAAUCUGUUGUUGUAUACACCAAUAAAAUGCAAGUUUUUCUACUGAUGCAAAUGUUUAUUACAUUUUGCUGGUAUAAUCACACCUUGUAUUUGUAAGUGUGAUAGCAUACGGAAUUUUGUCCAUUAUGCCCCCCCCCCCCCCUCCCCAUGGCCCACUGAGCUUCAGCAAGUUGUCUGCUUAUAUCUGUAUAUUUAUUGCUUAGCUCUCUCAUGCAGCACCUCUCGUACAGUGCAGGUUGAUUUCAGUAAUCACUGUGUUUAUCAUGAUUUGUCUCUGUCACUGUUUUAUUUGUAGUCCCUCUGCCAACUUCAUAAUGUUUCACGUGUGUUUAUUAGCUGUACUACAACACAAGCAUCCUUCAUUUCUUUUAGUGUUCAAUUUGAGGAUUGUUUCGCACCAGUCUGGUUGUGAUAGCAAUGUGGUUAGCAAUAGAACUCCAUUCUUUCAAACGUCCUCAUUAUAUGUGUCUUUCAUAACUUAAUGUAUGUAGCUCGGUAAUAACCUUCCUUUACUAUUUUUUCAUUUUCCUAGCACACUAUCAUUCUUCGGAUUCCCUCGUAUUUCCAUAGGCCACUGCUUGCUUCUUUCUGCAGUAUAUUUCCACAAAUCUCUCCAUCAGUUUUAAGGAUGUCAUCAUUUGUCACUUUAAUAGACCUGAAUUGCUUCAACGUCUUCCUUUAAUUCAACCUGGUGGGGAUCCCAAAUACUUAUGCAGUAACCAAGAAUGAUAUAAAACGCGGGUGAGCUACACGUUCCUAGAAUUCUCCCAAUAAGCUGAAAUUAACCAUUCAACUUCUACCUACUACCAACCUUACAUGCUUAUUCCAUUUUGUUUUGCAAUUUUAUGCCUUGAUUUUUUUAACAUUUAGAGCAGCCUGUUAUUCCUUACAGCAAGUAGAAAUUUUGUCUAAUUCAUCCUGUAACAUCCUACAGUCACUCGAUGAUAUUUUCCCGUACUACAGUCUCAGUAGCAAACAGUUGCAAAUUGCUGCUCACCUUAUCUGUCAGAUCAUUUAUGUAAAUAGAGAACAAGAAGGGUCCUAUCAAUUCCCUAUGCUUGGAUCUAAGUCUGCAUAGGGACACUGUGUCUACUACUAUCUGGAAAUCUGGGGCUGUGGAAUAUCCAAGUUGCCCUUCAUCCAUCAUGGUUUGCACGAUACUGGACAAGAAGAGGACAAGCUGAGUUUGGUGUGAGUGGUGCUUUCUAAAUUUGUGCUGAUUUGUGGACAGAAGCUUUUCUACCUCAUGGAAAUUUAUUGUAUUUCAGCUUAGAAUAUGCUCAAAUUAAUUUUCCUGAGUUAAUCAUCUGCAGGUGAGCGCUAUGGUUGAGAGACAGUCCAUAGAGGUGCAGCAGGGUGGGGCUGUAGUUGUGAAAUCUAAUGGAAUACACUGCAGUGGUGAUGACAGAUUCUGGUGGUGCAAUCUGGUGCAUUGUGGAAGGCUAGUGACAAAGACAAAGGGCUUGUGUUAUCAGUUUAUUUACAAAAUGUAUGAUUAAUUCAGGUUUAUGAAAAAUCCCCAUUACACCUUAUACUUGAGUGCCUUCCUGAUUCACUAACUAUUGCUUCACAGUACAGUACAGAUCACUGUGUGAACAACAUUAACAAAAUGAUUGCUGGUUGAGAGUCUUAUGGAAGCACUUUUAUGUUUUUGGAAGUAUUUAUUUAUGCUGUUAUGUUAUAAUUACAGCCAUUGAAGAGAUGGGGAUGAAGGGCAUUUACACUUCUGACUUACUCCCUCUCCUUUUCCAGUAUUUUGGAUAUUAUAUAUAAAUAUAUAAUGAUUAAAUAUACACUUACAAUGUGUAAUUGUUCUUUUUUACUUUGGUGUUUGAUUCCAUGAUAUAGUUCUUAGUGUUGUUGGCUACUGAGGUGGAUGUCCUAGAUUUUUAAUAUGUAGUAGUCUGGAAUGGAUCUAAUCACCCUUCAAGCCAAAUGAGAAACUGCUUGAUGAAAUAAGCAGCAAGAUUGACACACAAUAUUUCAGUGCUGUCACAUCAAAAGGCUUGCACAAGAUUAGCAGCCACACAACAUUUACAAUUUACUUUUAAUUUUUGUACAAAUAAAUCAUAGUGAUUAUGUUCAACAAUUGUGCCCUAUUGUACUUUUCACAGUUAAAGCAUUCAUAAAAUUUGGACUGUGCAUACAAAAUUUACCUCUGAAUACAAAUUUGCAGAAGAACUGAAGGUUUGUAAUAAGUAGCAUGAAAAGAUUGCAUAUUUUCAGAAGUGUACUUUCUUUAUUUUUAUAAACAAAAUUUAUUUAAUCUACUCUGCAGAUAUUUAUUGUGUUACAAAUAAAAUAAAAUCCUCUUUGUUGUCCUGCCUAUAACAUCGUUAUUGUUCCAAGAAGGAAUGACAAAUCUUAGUUUUAUAUCUGAUGCCCUAGAUACAUACAUGGUAUGAAUAUGACAAUAACUUUCCUGGAUAUAUAUACCAACUACCCAGGCAUAAAUUAUCUUGAUUCUUUUUUGUCUCCACAGAAAAUUUCAUUGUAGUACCUAUGCUGCAAAUACAUGCCAUAUUCUUCAGCAUCUUGCUUUCUUAGACUGGUCUUGCUCUCUCAUGGCCUGUAUGUAGAUCUUUUGCUUGGCAACACCUUGUGUAAUAAUCAUAAAGAAUUCCUUUGUGCUUUUAGCAAUUUUAUUUAUUUCAUUCGAGAUGUAGCAAAAACAAAUAUGUGAUAAUUUGAUAACAGCAUUUAUCUAUUAUAGUGAUUUUUUAAAAGUGAAGGCAGGCAUUUUAAAAGAUGCAUAACAAAACAAGUAUUGGGAAGAGCUUUCUGGGACCAAAGGAUUUGCCAUUGUUGUUGCUUUAGCUAAUUUACAGAAUAUGUAAAACUGAUUGUAGAUCAGAAAUGAGCUGUGUUAAUACAUAAUAAAGACCAGACAGAGAAAAUUUAAUGAGAUACUCUACACAAUAAGAGAAUGUCUCAAGAUGGUCAUCCAAGCCAAAAACCAGUUAACAUAAUAAAAGUAAUACUGUAGAACAAAAACAGACUAGCAUUUUUCAUUUAUUAAGUCUUGAAGUUGUGAUAAAUUUAAAAUGUGUGUUUCUGUGCUGGUUAAAAAUAUGAUUGUAACUAUUUAUUUGAAUUUUAGAGGACCUUCCACACAACUGUAUUACCCAUAUUCUUUCAUUAAAGUGAAUACAUUUUAUAUUGAAUAUGUUUGUUUAGUUUAUCACCAAGAAUAAACAGUAAGGAGGCGGCUAAUUUCCAGACUAGGUGUAUAUUAGUGCUAUAUGCUUUUGAACAAUUUUGAAAUAAAGGUGACCAACAAAACACAUUGAGUCCUAAGCAUGGUAAUCUCUUACGAACAUUAUUUUGAUACAAAUCUAAGAGAAGAGGGAAUGCUGCUAUAGUUCAUACAUUUUACGCUUUUCUAAUAGUAGCAAAUUCUGUUUAAUUGUGUAACACAAUUUUAUUGUGAAGAUACUGAUGGCAAAAUACCUAUUACUUCCAGUUUUAGUUUCAUGUACAUCUACAAACAUACUCCACUAGCCAUUGUAUGGUGCAAGCUGGAGGGUAUUUUAUACCAUUACUAAUCAUUUCCUUUCCUGUUUCAUUGCAGAUAGUGAUGGAAAAACUAAUGUCUAUAUGCCUCCAUUUGAAUCCUAAUUUCUCCUAUUGUUGUGGUUCUUACAUCAAAUGUAAGUUGGCGGAAGUAGAAGAACUCUGCAGUUGUUCAUCUAUUUUUCUUUGUGACUGAAUACGUCUGUGAAUCCUAUUGUUUGCUGUG